UUUACCAGUAGCAGAUGUUGUUGAUGGUGGCGUAGGGUGGCAGCUGGCGGCACCGUCUCCCAUUUUACUCUUUAGACACUUGCGAGGUACACGUCACUGGUCACUACGUGGAGUCAAGUCAAAGGGCAGCGGGAAGAGGGGAGGAAGAGGACAGCAGAGAGCAGAGGAGCUGAAAGCAGACGGAAAGGAGAUAAGGCAUAAAAAUGAAUCAUUGGAGCUUAGCCCUGGGGUUGGUAUUGGGCGUGCUGGCGCUAAGAGAAGCCACUGCUCACACGCACCACCUGCACAAUGCCCAGAAAGAGCGAGAGGCAGAUGGUACCAGGACCCCAAGAGACCACGGCCAUUAUAGCAAUGGGGAACACAAUGCUGAUUUCGACCAUGAAGCAAUUCUAGGCAGCGUCAAGGAUGCAGAGGAAUACGAUCAACUCCCAGCUAUGGAGGCGAAAAGACGGCUGGAGAUCCUUCUUGUGAAAAUGGACCGCGAUAAUGACAAACAUAUUGAUCGUAAGGAACUCCAUUCUUGGAUUCUUCGCUCUUUCAGAAUGCUGUCAGAGGAAGAGAGUUCCGAGCGCAUGGAUGAGGUGGAUGAAGAUGAAGAUGGAUACGUCACCUGGGCUGAGUACAUCGCCGAAACCUAUGGCAUCAAGGACCCAGAGGACCAGCAGCUCCUAGACCAGGAGGAUCAAGUUGAAGAACAGAGGCUCUUGCGUGAGGACCGACAGUUAUUCAAUGCUGCAGACAAGAACAUAGAUGGAAGACUAGACGAUAUGGAAUUCCUAGCCUUCUCACACCCAGAGGAGAGCCCCGACAUGCUUCCCAUUAUCCUGCAGCAGACACUAGAGGAGAAGGAUACCAACAGCGAUGGUCUCAUUGACUUCCAGGAAUACAUUGGUGAUAAAGGCACUAUACUCAAGAGCAAUAUCUCAGAUGAAGAAGACCAAGAUAGGCGCAAGUUUGAAGAGCAUGACCUUGAUGGAGAUAAUGCACUAAACAUUGUCGAAAUGCAAAGAUUUUUGGUCCCAACCAAUCUGGAAAGAACAAGACCGAGAGUGGCUGCUGACUGAGAAGGACAAGUUCGACAACGACCACGACAAAGAUGGCAACGGCAUCCUUGACCGCAAUGAGAUCCUGGCCUGGGUUGUUCCAACAAAU